UCGUUUAAAUAUUGCAGUACUUUGUUUUUUGUUUUAGCGUCAGGGCUUCCUCCGGGAUUAACUUAAGACGAAGGACCUCGGGCAACCGUCAGUCGAGUGCCUUAUCUUCACAACAACUUUACCUGAAGGAAUCUAAACCUGCGUACCUGCACGGAUGUUAAUCUGUAUAUCAACAGAAGCCAUCUUGAACAACGACUCUACAAAACAGACUGAUUCGCCUAUCCGUGUGUCAUAGCUGAGAAAAGGGCGGCAUGAUUCGGGCGGGACUUUUUGUGGGGGUUGUGGUGUGUUUGCUGGUGAGUUGUUCACACGGACAGAGUUUACCGACGGUGUGGGAAGAACAGAACAGAGACCAGUACCCCAGCCCCCGGGAUGACUUCGCAGCCUGCGGCCGGAGUAAUUACUCAUGGGUCUGUGAUCCCAACAGACAGUUCACAACAGAACAAGUUGAGGAGUUGAACGACCUUCUGGAUGAGAUCCACAAGUCCCAAUGCCCGUGUGGAAUCCGCUGUCCUCAAACAUCCACGGCAGACAACGGCUUUAUCGUCAUACUCGCCAUAGUCGAGAGUUACAUCUACCAUGGAGGUGAAGAGCCGUUUGCUCGGUGGUUCCGUGAGAACAAACAGACGGACGCCAGCUGUGGGGAGGAAACCAUCAUCUUCUACGACUUCUCCAUCAAACGGAUGACGGUCUCCACGGGCCUGCGCGCCUUCCAGACGUUGACGGACGACAUCACGGAGACCAUCCGGGCUCCACACGAUUCCAACUUGAAGAGUCAGGAAAGGGACGAAAACUUCGAAGGCUUGAAGGGCUUCCUCACUGUUGCAAACACAGUGUUCCGAGGGACCUAUGUCCCUCCUGGCCUCAAGGUCUGGGCACACCUGUUGAUCGCCGCCUUAGCGUCUCUCGGCUUCAUCUUUCUGGCCUCCAUGCUGUUCUGUUGGUGCACCAGCUGUAAGACGUUCUGGGGCGAGUCUCCAGCGCCCGUGCUGACGGAGAUACAGGCGGAGGAGGACCUCGGGAAUUCCGCCGGAAAGGUUCCGUUCUACCACAUCAUGCCCAGCGGCAUAAAGGGAGACGAUGGAGACAACCUCAUUGACCCAGACAUGUCGGGAGAGAGCUCGCCCGGUCCCGAGGUGCCAGCGGACGACUUCGCCAUGAUGUCUAAAGUAGGAGCGGGGAGAAGAGGCCGCCGUGUCUGAGCUACUGUGUGUCUUUUUGAAACAUGAUUGAAGCGCGCAGUUGUAGAUUUGGAAAGAGAACACUAUUUUGCAACGAUGAGCUGAGAUAUAUAAACUUUAUCAUGACAGAGGUGUAUUUUAGUACAUGUAUUAAUGUAACUAUUUUGUAUCGAC